AACACCAAAGAAGAAGAGUGUUUUGCCGGAAGCGUGUGUUCUCGUGUUCUGGAGCUGGGAGUGUGUGCGGGAGUUCGCGGGUCGUUCGCAUCUCAAGCACAACAUAUCUUUCAAACCUGUCCUGUUGAAAAUGUCGGACAGCAGGCUCCAGAGUUUCCGGAGCUUUCUCACGGAGAGGUUCACCUCCGCGGCGGUAGAGGUGUUUGAAGAAGUGGAGACCAUUAUGGGGGCGUAUCAAGAAGAAAACAAACGUCUGCAGAACAUACUCCGCAUCGUGCUCAGCCCCGACAUUAAUCUGCAGAAGAUAGAUGUUGGUGUAUGCACCAGAGCAACCACAGAUGUCAGAGAGCAGCCACCCGAGCCGAGCACUGAGGCCGACCACGGAAUUUCAGAGACGCCGGCAAAAAAACCUAAAGUAGAGCCAAUUGAUUGGGUCUUCGGUUUAGGAUCAGAACCAAAACAGGAGCCAGAAGGAGGUGACAGCGCUGCUACCUCAGAAUACAUGAAAAAAGAAGAUCCAGCAGAAGACGUAAACAUGUCAUGUGUCACUGAGACAUUCAGCAUUCAAGUGGAGGAGUACAUCCCUGGCCCUUCUGAGACGGUCUCAGUUGGAGGCAUGAAUCAUGACAAUGAGCAAGCCUCCUCGUCGGACUCAGAUUCCUCACUAACGCUAAGUGAGGAAGAAAGUGACAAUGACAGUCAGGAAACUCAAAGGUAUACUGUCACAUCCAAGAGGAAGCCAGAGAAUUCCUUUCAGAAAACCAUGCUGGAAAUACCAAGGAUGAAGCCCCACGAACCAUCAAUCGCACCAUCUGUCUCCACGUCGUUUUUGGACAGAAUCACUGAAGCCUUUAAGGAUUUUCCAGAUGACGAGAAGCCUUUGAUAACCAGUAUGGGCCUCACGGCCGACGAGGUGUUGGUGGACAGUGCUUUUGGUAAAGUCCCGAGAGGUUGCCCCCUGUCUUACCAAUGCCCUGUACCCUCAAGUAAGGAUUACAUGACUCAUAGCAACGCCCCCCAUCGGCCGGCUCUUCCCCUGCCCCAUUACAGACUGCAUACAGUAUUGGAUCUCACUGCCCAGGAGCAGGAACAUAUUCAAGACAUGCAUCUCACCAGGGAGACAGCACACUUUAUGGAGUGCGCCACGCGUGAUAGUAGGGAGUCUGCAGAGGAGCUGAGCAAACUGCGCCUGACCAGCUGUUUCAGGGAUAUCUGCAGGCUUAAACCAGGACGGGAGCAGGCGGAGCUCCUGAUAUCAAAGAUGCGGAAUAGGCGUAAAUCAGCCCAGAUUGAUAAGGACAUGAAGUCUCAAGCACUUCGCGAAUACUGUCGGCAUCUGCGUGUGAACUGGUAUCCCUGCGGUUUGGUCGUUCACCCGAAUGCUCCGUGGUUGGGCGCGCUGCCUGACGGGUUGGUGUACGACCCCAGCAAGAAUCACGGUUUCGGGCUGGUGCACAUCAAAUACAUUGGCUUGCGAAGCUUCGUUACGUGUAGAUUCCUGGUCUGCCGGGACGGAGUGUUGACACUGAAUAGGAGCCACCGGGUAUACUGGAACAUCCAAGGAGAGAUGAUGGUGACGGGUGUGUGGUGGUGUGAUCUGUUUGUUUUCUCCAGAGAUGAUAUACUGGUUCAACGCAUCUAUCGGGACAGAGUUACCAUCAAUAUAAUGACGGAGAAGUUGCACAAUUUCUUUUUCCGUCACUACAUGCGAAGUCUGUUAUACACCAAUGACAGAGUGUCUGUGGCAUCAUCACGCUGCUGAACACACAACAUGCUCCUCUCAGGUGCUUGAAGUUGAGUUUCACUAAUGUUCUACUGGUAUUGUUACCUCCACCAAGAUGGUUUGGUUUUCUCCCCUGUUUGUUUGUCAACAGGCUUAGACAAAAACUUCUGAACAGUUUUUCACAAAACUUGGUGGAAGCAUGGGGCAUGGGCCAAGAGAGAACUCCUUAAAUGUUGGCACUUCUCCAGUUAAAGGGUUGGAUCCAGAUAUUUUAUUUAGUUUUUGUUAACAUUGCGUGAUGGGACUUUUUCAACAUUUUCCCCACCGAAUAAAGCAUCGAUCUUGAUGAAAAAAGUUGGGCACGUUUAGAGGACUGAUAUCUGGUACUGGUGUGAGCUCUUCUACACGCUGAUUCACCCCGUUCUGAUUGGUUCUUUAGAAUGUGUCUGUAGUAACUUUGUGUUAUUGUUUGUGUGUUAUUUAAAUGAAGAACACAUUACAUUUUGGUGUGAAGACGAAUCGGGACAGAUCCAGGAUUUUAUGUUUCACUUUUACAUUGUGAGUUAGGACGUGUUCUUUUCAAAUAAAUAUAUUUGUUCUAA